GCGAGGAGGCUGGAAGCGCCCUUUGCAGCCCGGGGGGUCGCGGCCUCAUCCCUAGCCUCUCCCUGGCUGGAGGCGGGGCUGGGAGGAGAGGCGGCGCUUCCCCGCCCCGGAGCCGCCCCUGCGUUUUGUAAGCGGGGCCCGGCGGGCGAGGGAGCGGCCGAAGGUCACGCGGGGAGCUCUUGUGCCCGGCUGCACCCUGGAAGGUUUUGCCUGUGCGUCAUCCUAUCUCAGUGUCCCCUGGGGCUCUUGGGCGCUGCGCACCAUCUCUGGGUUGUCAGGGGUGGUGCAGGCCAUGCCUCAGAAGAGGGGAAAGCAGAAGCCACCUGGGUCGAUGGAACCUGACGAUGCGUCGUCGUCAGAUGGAUUGGGAAGCAACAGGAAAGUUGCGGUGAUGUCGGCAGCAGCUGCAUCACCUGGAGGUAAAAAGAAGGUGGAGGAAGAGGGUGCCGGAAGCGGAGGAGCUGGGACCCUGGCAGAGUCUGUGAAGCAAGCCCGCCUGAAAGCGGUGCCCUCUGUCGCGGAGUUCAAGUACAACAAGAGGCGGGUCAGGUUGGUCUCGCAAGACCCCGAUCUCAAGGAAGGGGCUCAGGGCAUCCUCUACUGGAUGUCGCGAGAUCAGAGAGUGCAAGAUAACUGGGCCUUUCUUUAUGCUCAGCGCCUGGCCCUGAAGCAGAAGCUCCCUCUGCACAUCUGCUUCUGCCUAGUGCCCAAGUUCCUGGAGGCCACCAUCCGCCAUUUUGGCUUCCUGCUGAGAGGCCUCAAGGAAGUGGCCGAGGAGUGCAAGGAGCUAAGCGUCCCCUUCCACCUGCUCGUUGGCUUCGCUAAAGACUUGCUACCCCCCUUUGUGACGCAGCACGGCAUUGGCGGCGUGGUGACAGACUUCGCCCCCCUCCGCGUUCCCAUGCAGUGGGUGGAAAACGUCCGGGCGAGGCUGCCACCUGAUGUGCCCUUUGUCCAGGUUGAUGCCCACAAUAUUGUUCCUUGCUGGGUUGCCUCAGACAAACAGGAGUACGGGGCAAGGACUAUUCGCCGCAAGAUUCACGACCGGCUGGCAGAGUUUCUUACCGAAUUUCCGCCUGUUAUCAAGCAUCCUUACCCUGCGGAGUUCCAGGCAGAGCCUGUUGACUGGGACGCCUGCUACGCCAGCCUGCAGGUUGACCGCUCAGUGAAGGAGGUGGAUUGGGCACAGCCGGGCACAGCCUCCGGCCUGGCAAUGCUGGAAGAGUUCAUGAAGGAGCGCCUGAAGUUCUUUGGCACUGACAGAAACAACCCUAACCAGGCAGCUCUGAGCAAUCUCUCGCCCUGGUUCCAUUUUGGUCAGAUUUCUGUACAGCGCGCCAUCUUGGAGGUCUGCAAGCUCCGCAGCAGGUACAAGGAAUCUGUGGAAAGCUUCAUUGAGGAGGCCGUAGUGCGGAGGGAGCUGGCAGACAACUUCUGCUAUUACAACCAGAACUAUGACAAGGUGGAAGGUGCUUAUGACUGGGCAAAGACUACCCUGAAGCUCCAUGCCAAAGACAAGAGGCCUCACCUGUACAUGCUGAAGCAGCUGGAAGAAGGGAAGACUCAUGAUCCUCUUUGGAACGCUGCACAGCUCCAGAUGGUUCACGAGGGGAAGAUGCACGGCUUCCUGCGGAUGUACUGGGCCAAGAAAAUCCUGGAGUGGACCACUUCGCCAGAGGAGGCCCUGGAAUUCUCCAUCUACCUCAAUGACCGCUACGAACUGGAUGGCAGAGACCCUAAUGGAUAUGUGGGCUGCAUGUGGUCCAUUUGCGGGAUCCACGACCAAGGCUGGGCAGAACGUGCUGUGUUUGGAAAGAUCCGCUACAUGAACUACGCCGGCUGCAAGAGGAAGUUUGACGUGGACCAGUUUGAGUGCAAGUACAAUCCUCGCAAGUUCUCCCAGCAGCCUCUGCGGAGUAACAACUCCAAGGGCAAGUGGAGAUCCAAAGCUGGAAAUGCAGUGCCGGUGAAGGGAUGUUCUAGCUCCAGGGGCAAGUGAAUGCUUGCUUCCCCCCCGUCUCCUAAGGAGUAAGGAAAAUAAUCUGCUAUUCUGUCUGGGUCUAGCUAGACCCAUCUGGAGUGGAAGAGAAUCCCUUCCCAAAAGAAGUCGUAUUGUGUUUUUGUAGUGUUUUUUUGUUGUUUGUUUGUAUAUGUUUUUAUGAUUUUUAUUAUGAUAUAUUGUAUUUUAUCUGUUUGUUCACCGCCCUGAGAGCUAUUCUGCUAAGGGCGGUAUAUAAAUGGAAAUAAUAAAAUAAUAAAUAAUAAUAAAUAAAAGAGAGCUUGUGCUUCUGAGUUGCUGCUUAACUCUAGGGAAGAAAUGAGUAGUUCUUACCCCUAGCUCAGAAUUCCCUGCAGCAGCUGAGACCAGGCAGGAGGGGCCUGGGCUGCUGUAAGCAAUUAGCUAUCAGUGGUUUUAAUGGGUUUAAGUCAGCAGGGCCUCUCAAGAAUCCUGGGGAUAUAUAGUUGUGUAAAAACAGCUGCAUCUUUCUGAAGGAACAGGCCAAUGGCUUGAAUUUGGAAGAGAUCAGGUGAUACCUGUGUGGUACUGGUCCAUAUGGUACUUCAGAGGAGCAAUAAUCUGCUGUAGUUACACCCCAGCUGCCCUUAUCAAAUGAAAAUGAGGCCUCUGUUUCCCCACCUAUGGAAGCUACUCCUCAGGAAUUAGCAUUUACAAAGUUUACAGACCUCAAGAACUCUUUUGGGGAGAAGCAUGAAAAUAAAACCCGAUUGAAGGGUCUUAAGCUUAUUGUAUAGCUGCAGCCUUGCAGUUCCCCAUCUUAAUCUUCAGGGUUUCUCUAUAGGCAAAUGGAUCACUGAAAUGGCUUAGCCUUAUGGUCCACUUCCUUGCUUGUGGGGCUUCUUUUAAGGGAGGAGACAGUAGUGACCCUCCUGUGUUACUCUCUGCCCAUCACUGUUAAGACUGAAUUCCUCCAGCACCAGCUGCUUUGGCUAUGAUGCUUGCAAGGAGAUGAUGCGGUGCUGAAGUCAGCAGUACCUUUACAGGAUAAACCAUGCUACGUAGGCCAGCCAAAGAGCUAAGCUAUGAGCAAAGAGUUGCUGGUACCACAAUCUUAACACAGCAGAGGCAAGCUUCCAAGGUGCAGCAGCAAGCAUGUCUUGUACCACACAUUGUCAGGAUCUGAGAUGGGUGGUUGUCAUGCUUAAAUUAAGCUAGGACAACAUGCAGUCUUUAUGUUGCAGAGGCAUUUCUCCUUGGUUUCUAAAUCCCUGGAUUCAGGGCUGGUAGAACUUUAAUAGUGCAGCUUCUAAAGCAGCAUGCAUGCACUGGCUUUCUGUUCAGCUAGUGACUGAACCACCCAUUGGGAAUGACAGCACUGCCGUGCGAAGUGUUUUCUAUGAAUUUGUACUUUUGUAGUAACAUUUCAAUUAAAA